UGCAACAGCCAGAUGAACAGAAUCAGCUUUCUGGGAUUUCCUUCCUUGGAUUUAUCUGAUUGAACUUACAUCAAUUCAGCAAUUGCAGAACAAAAAAAAGUCGGAGGGUUGGGAGUGGUCUGUGGCUGGUCUGAGCCUCUGGUCUCAAUGAGGAAGUAUGUCUGGUCUGAGCCUCUACAAGCGCAAUGCUACAGAAUAAAAAGGAAUUAUUCCGAUCUUGUCUUGUACCAAAGCUUAUACCAGAAAUCAUUCUUCACCUGCUGAAAAUGCCGGAGAACACAGUUUCCAAAGGUGAAAGGACUCCGUGGAUAAAAUUUAGAAGAUGCUUGUGGUAUGUGGCGGCUUUGAUCAUGGUCGGGACUUUAGUGAUCUACAGCUCCGUUUUCCAAGAAUCAUGGUCUUUAAACCCAAGGACAUCCACCCCAAACUCAAGUACCUCUCACGACAGUGUACCUCCUCUAGUUGACGAGUACACUGUGGCGUACCCACACGAGUACCAUUUCAUAUUGGAUGAACUGAACAGAUGUCGGGAGGAAAGCCCAUUCCUGGUUCUAAUGAUCCCGGUUGCACCCCACAACAGAGAGGCUCGUCACAUGAUCCGCAGCACGUGGGGGAAUGUAACAACGGUGCAGGGCAAAGUGGUCAGCCACUACUUCAUACUGGGACAGUCCAGAGAGGAAAAUGGAGCAGAGACCAUUGAAGAACAACUGUUACGUGAAAGCCGGGACCAUCGUGACAUUCUCCAGAGUGACUUCUUGGACAGCUACCAUAACCUCACCAUCAAAACAAUGCUUAUGUUUGAAUGGCUCAGCACCCAUUGCCCCCAGACCUCCUAUGCCAUGAAGGUUGAUAGCGACACGUUCCUCAAUGUGCACAACCUUGUCGGGAUGCUUUUAAAGGCCCCUCAACAUCUCUACAUGACAGGAAACAUGGUAAGGUUUGCUCCUGUUCUUCGAGACCAAAACUCUAAAUGGUUUUUGCCGUUUUCCACCUUCCCCGAGUCAGUCUAUCCAACUUAUGCCAUUGGACUGGGCUAUGUGUUCUCUCUGGAUUUAACCAGGAAGAUACUGGAGGCUGCUCAGCAUGUCAGAGCUCUUUACAUUGAAGAUGUGUAUGUGGGACUGUGCAUGAAACAUCUGGGUAUUCCACUGACAGAUCCUCCUCGUAAUGAUAUGUUUAUGAUUUGGAAGCCAUCAGACACGGACAACUGUUACUGGACUUCUGUCAUAACAACAUUGCUGCACAGCUCUAACCAGCUUUUGGACGUAUGGAAAUCUUAUCAAAUUCAAGCACAAAGUGGAUGUUAAACACCUGCUUCUUACUACAGUGCGAUGAAGAGUUUUUCUAUUUUAAUCAUUUUAAUGAUUCAAUAUGAUCUUUAUGUCCGCUGUUAGCUUACUGGUCCACAAUGAAGAAUGUAAAUUUUACAAAAGCGCAGGGAGGGAUUAAGAUGUUUACACUGUCCCCAUUCAAUUACUCUGCACAUUUUGAUACAUGCUGAGGUUUUAUUCACCUCAUAAUUCUUUUUCCAAAAACGUUUACUGUAGUAGGAUAUACAUUAUUAGAACAAUGCUGUUUGUGUUUCAGUGGAUUAAACACCCUGAGACAAUUUGUCAUAUGCAGGGCAACUCACACAGUAUUAAUAAUGAUAAUGUUGCUGUCAGGCAGCAGCGCUAAACACCAUAUUAAAUUUUUCCAAUUUGGCCUGUGCACACAACCACGGCAGACUCUAAAUCUGAGAAACCUGAUAUGAUUGAAGUACCCACUUCAACUUAAGUUAAAGCUGAAAGUUUGUGCUUCAAUCACACCUCGACUGAUUUAUUUAAAAUGCACUGUGGUGCUGUACAGACGCAGAAUUACAAACUGUAUCUGUGUUUCUGGAAUGGGCACUUUAUGGGUCAAAAUUACAGUCAGUCCGAUUGGUACUAAACCUGGUAUAGGCAGGACCGUCCUGGUACCGAAGCCACUCCCGUAAUAUUUGAUUGAUUUUUACUCAGGUCACACACGCUAACCUCACAUUAUAAAAAAGGCAAAUUUUUUACAUUGACGUGUCAUUUGUUCCAUGACUACGUAGUACUCAGUUGUCGCCAACUAAGGAUAGAAACCUAUUUAGGCGCACAUCUGUAAAUAAAGUCUUAUUUAUAUAAAGCGGCAGUGACGAUGAUGCUGUCACAGUUUGUUGCAUUUGUAUUUGUUUUAUUGUCGUGUUCAGGUCAAAUCUGAUUGAUUUACAAACUAAAGACUGAUAAAUAUUGUGUUUUACAUCUGGUUGCCUCAAGGCCUUACAACAUCCUCCACACUAUGCACUUGAACAUAUAAAAGCGAUGAGCACCGCUUUCGUUGAAUUUUGAGUGUUUUAAUCAGCUUUGUUACAUCUGUGGCGUUCCCGGUCAAAAGUGACUGCCAUAGAAAAUGAAUGGGAAUCCACCCCUCACCCCUCUUGCCCUUUACUAAUGUAAGAACUCUUUGUUUUGUGCCUUGAAAAUAUGUCGCUGAGAUAAUCACAACUGUAG